AUGGCGUCGAAACAAGACAAUGCGGCCGUCACGGCUGCGCCCGUGAGAAAUCACGAAGAAUACCAGUAUCUGGAUCUCGUGCGCGAGAUUCUAGACGACGGCGAGCACCGCCCUGAUCGCACGGGAACAGGAACAUACUCCAUAUUCGCGCCCCGACCGUUGAAAUUCAAGCUGAACGACAACGGCAAGCCCAUCCUCCCACUUCUGACGACCAAACGUGUCUUCACGCGCGCCAUCAUCGCCGAGCUCCUCUGGUUUAUCGAGGGCAGCACGUCGUCUAUACCGCUGAGCGAGGCGGGCGUCAAGAUCUGGGACGGCAACGGCUCGCGCGAGUUCCUCGACAGCGUCGGCUUGGGCCACCGCGAGGUCGGCGACCUGGGUCCCGUCUAUGGCUUCCAGUGGCGCCACUUCGGCGCCGAGUACGUCGACGCCCGCACCGACUACCAGGGCCAGGGCGUCGACCAGCUGGCCGAGGUGAUCCACAAGCUCAAGAACAGCCCUUUUGACCGGCGCAUCAUCAUGUCAGCCUGGAACCCGAGCGACAUCAAGAAGAUGGCCCUUCCGCCCUGCCACAUGUUUGCCCAGUUCUACGUCUCGUACCCCGGCAAGAGGCGAAGCCCCCACGACGGACAGCAGCGAGAGAAACAGCAGGAAGACGGCGAUCAUGCCGAGAGAGGUCAUCUGCACUGCCAGCUGUACCAGAGGUCGUGCGAUAUGGGUCUGGGCGUCCCCUUCAACAUCGCCAGCUACGCCCUGCUAACCCACAUGAUCGCCCACGUCUGCGAUCUCGUACCCGGGAGCCUGACGCACGUCAUGGGAGAUGCACACGUCUACCUUGACCACGUCGAGGCCCUGGAGACGCAGCUGGAGCGUGAACCGCGUGCCUUCCCCGAGUUGGACAUAUCCAGGGAGAAGGGCGGUAGCAUCGACGGUUGGAAGGCUGAGGAUUUUAUAAUCAAGGGGUACGAGCCGCAUAAGUCAAUCGCUAUGAAGAUGUCUGUUUAG